AUCAAUUUCCUGUUUUUCUAAAACAAAAAAUUAAAAAAAAGUUCUUCUAAAAGUCAAGAAAUCAGAUAGAAAAUGGAAGAUGAAGAGAGAGAUGCAUGGAGGAAGAGGAUCACUCCAAGCCAAUCAGAGAAGACCACAGAAGAACAACCCAAUCCAUGUCUUCUCCACCCGACAUUCUCUUUGAAAGACGUCAACGCAUGCGUGUUAUCCUCAGAGAACACGCGACUGGUAUGUUCGAUAACGAUCGCACUUCUUGCAGGCUCAUCACAAUCCAAUAGCAUCAUCGCCUCCAUGCCGCUCUGCAUCCUCAUCCUAACAGAUGUCGCAAUCGUGGCGGCUUGGCUGUUGGUCCCGCCUCUGGCGGCGGGAAGACAGCAACAAGAAGAAGAAGAAAAUGGUGGGUGGAAAGGGGCUUUUGCCAUGUUGGAGGUUGGGUUGGUAGUUUAUCAAGUCUUUCGUGCUCUCUUCAUUGACUGCAGCUUUUAUAUAGUUGUUCUUUUGUGUGGGCUUUGCUUGCUCUAGUUUUUCAUGAUAUUUAUUGUUCAUACAUUAAUAUUGAACAAUGGAUAUAUUAUUACACACUAAAAGUUGACACCCACAUUGACAACCACACACUGUAAUUAAUACGUAGUAUAUAG